UCCGCCAUAUUUCCAACGCUCACGUCAGUCAACAGACACCUACCUGCAUCAUCCCGCCUGGUGGACGCUUGGGACGCGAGUUGCUCCUUCCUCUCACUCUCGAUCACGGCAGCUGAAUUGUUUCGCGUCAUCGGUCGGAUUCGCGCGCGCAUCGCCUCGUUUCUCGAAUGAACAGAGUCGAACUCGCGCUUCGUCACAGCCAGAAAGGGGAAUCCUAUGUUGAGAAAUAGGAGCGUCGGUCCCAUCGUGCAGAGAAGCUGAGGAGAGAGAGGUUCCUUCCGAAUCGAGUGCUCCGUACUGGGUGUGUCACAAUGCGCGCUGUUACUUUAGCUUUGAUCUGCGCGUUUCUGCAAACAGUUGCGGCUCAGCGUACUCCAACAAUAUCUUACAUAUCGCAGGAACAGAUUAAGGAUAUAGGAGAGACUGUGGAAUUACACUGUUCGCUUCAGUAUGCGCAGGAUUAUCCUGUUUUGUGGAUUAAAGUCAACAGAGAUAGUGUGAAUGAACAAGUUGCUCUUACUACCGGCACUGCAUUGAUUAUUAGAGACAGUAGAUUCGCCAUUAGGCAUGACACGUCAUCUGCUACUUAUGUUUUGCAAAUUAAAGAUAUACAAGAGACAGAUGCUGGAUUCUAUCAAUGUAGAAUACAAAUAUCUGUGAACAAUCUUAUAAAUGCAGAAGUGGAAUUGCAAGUUCGUAGACCUCCGAUAAUUAGUGACAACUCGACUCAAUCUCUGGUAGUCAGCGAAGGACAAGCUAUUAUGCUGGAAUGCUAUGCCAGUGGGUUUCCGCUACCAAGAAUAUCAUGGCGCAGGGAGAAUAAUGCCAUUUUGCCUACUGGAGGAUCAAUUUAUCGUGGUAAUACAUUGAAAAUAUCUACCAUACGAAAAGAGGAUCGAGGAACUUAUUACUGCGUUGCUGAAAAUGGUGUUGGACGUGGUGCUAGACGUAAUAUCAACGUAGAAGUCGAAUUUGCACCAGUGAUAACAGCACCGAGGCCACGACUUGGACAGGCUCUGCAAUAUGAUAUGGAUUUGGAGUGUCACGUAGAGGCAUAUCCUCCGCCAGCCAUUACUUGGGUCAAGGAUGACGUACAAUUGUCGAAUAAUCAACAUUACAGCAUAUCGCAUUUUGCAACCGCGGACGAGUAUACCGAUACAACGAUUCGAGUUAUUACUAUAGAAAAACGACAAUACGGAGAGUACACUUGUCGGGCAGCCAACAAAUUGGGCAGUGCUGAAACAAAAGUCGAGCUUUUCGAAACCAUUAUUCCUGUUUGUCCACCAGCUUGUGGUCAAGCUCAUUACGGAACUGGCGUAAUUCCAGUUUCUUCGAAUUUGGUAGUUCUAGUUUUAUUAAUUACAGUAUUGAGAAAUCUCUAUGCCAAAUAUUAACUACCCAGGCCUUCAGUGGGCAACAGCUAACAGGUGCGACUUCUUAAAAUGGCCUUAUG